AAAAUCACGUGCACACUUGCAUUCAAAACUAAAUGUAAAGGGGGGCAUAUCUAAAGUAGAAGAAACACAUCACAUGCAAUUGCAAAUGCAAUCUAGUUCAUUAUCUUCCUAAAGAUAGUGCUAUUAGCCUAUUACUUCUUGAUGUAUUAAUGGAUGGUAAAGUAAAAUAAGUUUACUAUGUUUACUAUUUAGUACGUUAUAAACUGAAUGUAUUUCUCCAUAGUUUUGUAAUGAUAGCGAAGGUGGUAUAAAGUAUAAACUAGGCCUGACACGGAUCGGAUAUUGGAUAUUCGGGUUUUUGAAGGUAUUUGUGAUUUGCUUCGUACGUCACAAAUAUCUAUUUGUUUUGCUUCUUUUACAAAAUAAAUAGAUAUUUGCAGAUAUUUACGAAUACUUACGGAUAUCUCAUAUGUUUUAAUUAAUAUAAAUAAUUUUAAAAUUUUGUUUUGUAAUUUUUUUUGCAUGAUAUAUAAGAUAAAAAUUAAAAGAAGCAAUGAAUCUACAUAUUUUGUAAAUUUUUUAAUUAGUUAACAAUUAUAAUAAGAAAAAACUUAAGAAAAAAAGUUAUAAUUGUCAAUAAAAUUUAUCAAAUCACAUGUUAGAAUAAUAAUUUUACAACUUUAAAUAUAAUCAAGAUAUACAUGUAUUUAUAUAUUGCCUGAUCGGAUAUCCGCUUCUCAAAAUUUUAAUAUUUGUGAUUUGAUUUGAUUUUAACGGAUAUUAAUUUUUAAUAUUUGUUUUGCUUCAAAAGUAUAUAGAUAUCCAGAAUUUUUGGAUCGAAUUGAAACGAAUAACAAAACGAAUCAAAUUUAACGGAUAAAAUGUCGAGCUCGUAUAAACACAACAUCCUAUGUAAUAAGCUAGUAAUCAGUAAACACAUUCCGUUAAUUGGGCUAGAUAUAUGGUGAUGGCCCACCGGCUGACCAUUUAUUCGUUUGCGUGAAUUACGAACCUCUUUUCAUCACUUCCAAAUUAAUUUCCCUUAACCCCGGUCUAAACAUGGAACUAAUCUAUAAUACGCAUGUUGUACAGUAACUAUAUUAUAAUCACUGUAAAGAUUAGUUUGGUUUUCAGCUCAGACAAGAAUCGUCUAUACACUGUAAAGUUUAAUUUCUGUGAAAAAUAAAAGUACACUAAAUUCAAAGAUUAAAGUGUUUGUCAAUGACUGAUCCGGUCGUAUGUGCAGAAUGGUCACCUUCCGUGGCUGUUUGAAUUGUUUGUCAAUGAAAGCCGCUGCCUCUGAUUGUGUGUCUUGCCAAAAAUUUUUGGGUUAAACUAGAAUAGGGAUGUUGGUUAUGAUCCUGCUCUUGUAGUUUUUUGAUGUAAGUAUGGGGUUUAGUAGUGCUGCAGCAGGUAGUUUUUUUGUGUAUGCUGCAGGCUUUGGUGAUGUAUGUAUGCUACGUUUGAGUAAUUGAAUCAAUGAAAUUGUAGGGAAAAAAAAAAUUCAAAGAUUAAAGUUCCGUCUCUCACAAAGUCAAAAAACUUAUUUUCUUUGACACGUCUCUCGGGUUCUCCUUUGAGUAUGAUGAGUGAUGACUGAACAUAAAUCUCGAUAUUCCAUAUUAAAAAUUAUCAAAAUCUAGAAUAAAUUUAAUAGAAAAUCCGUUCUCUGUUUCUCUGAAACAUACUUUUUGAAAUUCCCAUCUUCUCUGUUUCUCUCUUGGUGUAAGAGAACGCAGCAAAUCCCAUAAAGACAGAAAAAAACGUCUUUAAACGAAAAAGAAGAUUAGAAGCUUCGUAAAAUCGAAACUUUGCUUGUGGGUUUUUCUUCCCAGAUAUGGUGCAGUACCACAGAUUAAUCAAAAAAGGAGAAAAACUUAGAGUUGCAGUUGAACAAGGUAAUUCCGGUGAUGCUACCGCCGUCUCCCCUCCAGGAGGCGGAGGAUACUUAAAGAGUGCAAAACAAAAGAUUCUAUCACUCAUCUUUCUCUCUUUCCUCUGUUGCUGCUACUUCAGCUUCUCCUCUUUCUCUCUCAUAGAUGCUUUUAACAGAGAAGUUGAAGGACUUGUUCCUUAUGAACAGUUCAUUGCACCUCUAUGUUCAGGGCUCUCCUAUGGAACAAUUUGUUGUGACAGAACCGGUUUUAGAUCAGACAUAUGUAUCAUGAAAGGAGACGUUAGAACACACUCUACUUCUUCAUCAAUCUUCCUCUUCACAUCCUUCCAAAACAAGUCCAAACCCCCUGAGAAGAUCAAACCUUACGCAAGGAAAUGGGAAACAAGUGUGAUGGAAACAGUUCAAGAUCUCAAUCUCUUUUACAUAGACGUCAAUGAUAAACAUCAUAACAACAAGAUAUGCGAUGUUGUGUAUCAUAACGUCCCCGCUGUGUUUUUCUCAACGGGUGGAUACACUGGAAACGUUUACCACGAGUUCAACGAAGGAAUCAUCCCUUUGUUCAUCACUUCACAGCAUUUCAACAAGAAGGUUGUGUUUGUCAUCGUUGAGUAUCGUAACUGGUGGGUUACAAAAUAUAAAGAUAUCCUCUCUCAGCUAUCUGAUUAUCCUCCCGUGGACUUCAAUGGCGACAAGAGAACACAUUGUUUCAGGGAAGCUAUCGUAGGGUUAAAGAUUCACGACGAGUUGAGUGUUGACUCAUCGCUAAUGCUUGGGAAUAAAACAAUUCUUGAUUUCAGAAACGUGUUGGAUCGUGCUUACUGGCCACGUAUCCACGGAUUGAUUCAAGACGAAGAAGCAGAGAACAAGACUGUUUUCAAACCAAAACUUGUGAUUAUGUCAAGAAACGGAUCAAGAGAGCUACUUAACGAGAAUCUUCUAGUGAAACUAGCCGAGGAGAUUGGAUUCUUUGUCGAGGUUUUGAGACCGGACAAAACAACAGAGCUGGCGAAAAUCUACAGAUCUUUGAACUCUAGUGAUGUAAUGAUCGGUGUUCACGGAGCUGCAAUGACGCAUUUUCUUUUCUUGAAACCGAGAACCGUAUUUAUACAGAUUAUACCGUUAGGAACCGAGUGGGCUGCUGAGACUUACUAUGGAGAACCGGCCAAGAAGCUGAGGUUGAAGUACAUUGGUUACAAGAUUAAACCGAGAGAGAGUUCUUUAUACGCUGAGUAUGGUGAAGAUGAUCCUAUAAUUAGAGAUCCAAAGAGUUUUACUAGAAAAGGAUGGGAUUACACUAAGAAGAUUUAUCUUGAGCGCCAAAACGUGACGCUUGAUUUGAAAAGAUUCAUGAAACCGUUGUCUCGUGCUUAUAAGUACUCUACACGAAACAAGUGAUUUAAUAGUCACUAAUCAGAUAGUCUAUUACCAACCGAACAUUGUUUAACCUUUGUAUAAACAGUUUGUAGAGAGAAGGCAUAAACAGAAAAUUGUUAGCUUUUUUUUUAACACAAAAAAUUGUUAGCUAUAUUGGCUGAAAAUCAUUUAAACGUGUAAAACUAUGGCACAAUAAAUUUAUAGCACAUCUUUUUUUUUAGCACAUCUUUUUUUUUUAAGUUUAUAGCACAUCAAAAUCAUAAUGGGCCUAAAGGCCCAAAUGUGCGUUGUUAUUAGGCCCAAAUAUACCAAUAACACUUUACGUCUUCAUAACUUUUUUGACCUUGUGUGCAAAUUAAAUUAGCGAGAUUCGCGGUACAAGUAGAAGUUGGAUAUACAGCAAUAAUUUUUGUUUCUAUUUACAAAAGAUAUAGACCAUAUCUAGAAAAAGAAUAUGCUAUUUAUAGUCUUAUGUAUCUUUCGUGAUUAUCAUCAAGUUGUAUUAUUUCUUGAAAUAUAGUUGAUUUAAACUAUUUUAAAUAU